GAGCAACCAAAUUUCAAACAUUAGGAAUCAAGAUUUUUGGUGAAAAAUGAUAAAAAGAAUAAGAAUGGAAAAGAAAUUAAAUAUAAAUUAGUUUUAAAUAAAAAAUACACGUGUCAAUACAUCAUUGGCACAUAUAUUAUACUUUAUACUCCAAAAUUAGGUAUAACAUUUUGAGGAAUUAAUUUCACUUUAAAAAAUAUUACGAAUAGUAGGAACAAUAUGCUCAACAUAUGAGAGUUAAUAUUUUCGUGAGUAUUAUACUAUUUUUAACCAUAAUAAUGUAUCUUUUUAAGGAUGGACCGAAAAGUAGUGUGCGUCACCAUUGAUACAUAAAUAGAGGGUUUAAUAAGAUCCUAUUCCUAAACCUCAAAAUCAACAGAGUUCCAAAGGAUGUUUACGAAAUGGAGCAGAGUGAUUUCCCAAUUCGGCAGAGUUGGGAACUCCGAAUUGGGAAGACAUUUGUGUUCAUUUCGGUGUCGAGAUUAUUCUAAAGUUGCCGCCGUUGCUGAGCCUGCUCUUGAAAAAGUCUACAAUGUUAAUCCGCAGGUAAAUUUGAACAAGAUGUUCUGGUCUAAGCCUCAUUCACUGGCAUUAGCACCUGAUUCACCAUUCAGAGUUGAAGAUCCACAAUACGAGGGCUUUAAGCGCUUUAUGUUUAAGCUAAUGCUGUUUUAUAGUAAGCAAAGCAAGUCCAUUCGAGGGGCAAAUGUUAUUUAUCAGCGUGUUAUUCACCAAGUUGAUAGACCUGCUAUGUACGAUGUAUUUAGCUUGGAGAAAACAUUUAAGACCACAUUUUCGUUACUAGUUAUCCAUAUGUGGCUUUGCUUGCGACGCUUGAAACAGGAGGGUAAGGAAGGUGUUGAACUGGGACAGUACUUGUAUGAGAUUUAUAAUCAUGAUGUGGAGCUGAGAGUUUCUAAAGCUGGGGUUAACUUAUUGUUGAUUAAAUGGAUGAAGGAUUUAGAAAAGAUAUUUUAUGGUAAUCUUGUUGCCUAUGAUGCUGCGAUGCUUCCUGAAGCCAAGCAGGAUGAGUUGCAGAAUGUAAUUUGGAGGAAUGUCUUCUCUGAUGAUGGUACAUCUACGCCAAGUGAUGCUGCUUUGCUUCCUGUCCAGGCUAUGUCAAGGUAUGUUCGCAGAGAAUCCAACUGUCUGUCAUUGACAGAUAAAGUGUGUAUGUUUUCGGGAAACUUCAUGUUCACCUCAUUGGGAAGCACAACUGCUGAUACAGUGUAAAGAGGAGAGAGAUCAAAACCAGACAUCCAGGCUUUUUGUCAAUGAUAUAUUAUAAGAAAGUGCAGAUAGCUAAUUAAGCAAGAGAUGUGACAUCCACUGUUCUCAGCGGUAAGCUUGCUUACCGUAGUGUGCCAGUUCCUGGGUUUGAAUCAGCCCUUCAGCGAAGUUGGGGUGAGGCUGCCUAGAUUAUCCCUUCCCCGACACCCACUAUGAACCGGGCCAGCCCUUUUUUUUUUUUUAUGUGACAUCCACUGUUCUGUCUUUAGUAAACUUGGUAUAAAUCUGAAGCUGCCGGCUUUUUCGUUCCCCAGUUUGAAACUUGGAUAAAAAUAUCCUACCGUCAGAUGCUAAUUGCUUUGAUUUUAAAUUACAAAAGUAAUAUACGAGAGUCCAAGAUUUGGAAUUA